AUGGGGAGGGCAGGGAAACUGGCAGGCAGGCAGGCAGGCAGCGAAGGAUUGAAGAGUUGUAUACUGCGUGUGCGCUGCGCGCUAGGCUCUACCGCUAGUGGCAGUUGGUCUGGGUUUUGGGACGGGCUGUGCGUGGACCGCGCCGCGGGGUCGCCGAGAUGGCGGAGGGAAGCGAGGCGGAUCAGCGGCCAGCGGGGCACGGGGUCGGCGCGAUGGAAACGAAUGAGUGGUUGCCUGAUUGGGCUGGGUGAGGCGGAUCAUCGGCUGGGCCGUACAACCCAUUACCCGUAUAAGAUCUAUAUCUUUGGUACCUUGGGAGGGGGAAGGGCUGGUGCUUCUUGCUACCCAGCUACCGGACAGAAUGCUCAGGUCGGUCCUUCCCCAUUCGCUCUUUGGGCAGCGGUGGAUUGAAGGUGCAUCAUUCAGAUAUGCAGGGAAGACGGGUAUGGGGUAGCGACAUGGUGGUGGAGAGGGCCAAAU